CGGCACGCUAGCGGCUGAGCCGGAGGCGGGGGUGGGGAGGAGGGCGGCCCAGGCUGCGUGCGCGCGUGCAAGGCUGGAGCAUGAGCCGGACUUGACCGCGAGGCGGAGGCAAAAGCCACCGCCCCCUCUUCCCCUCUCUUGAGUGAGGCGGCGAGGCGGCCAGAGAGGGAUGGGGGGCGCCCGCCCAGUCUGAGCCUCGUCGCGGGUGCCUCCGUCUCACGCAGCGUUCCUCGCGGGCCUCUAGUGCGCACCCUCGGCCCCAGCAGCCUCUGCCCGGCGCACUCCGGCCGGCGAGGAGGGGGCACCCGCCUGGGUGGGUGGGGCGGGAGGGUACCUGAGGUCACCUGCUCGGCGCGAGAGGCUGAGGCGGCCACGGCUUUGGCAGAACUGCAGAGCUUCGGGGUCCACCUGACCCUUAUCCUCAGCCCGGGAAGUAACCAUAACUUCCUUUCAUAUUCACUUCAUGUCAGUAAACCUUUAUUGAAUGCCUACUAUGUGUGCCAGGCACUGUUAGAUUCUGGGACUACAAGUUUAAAAUGUGAAACAUGUUGCAGAAACAUUUAAGAAGUGGCUGAAGGGGGAAGGAAAAAAGUGCCACUACCUAUCAAAAAAAAAAAACAAAAGAAAACAUGGGAAAUACAACCACCAAAUUCCGUAAAGCACUUAUCAAUGGUGAUGAAAACCUGGCCUGCCAAAUAUAUGAAAACAACCCUCAGCUAAAAGAAUCCCUUGAUCCAAAUAUAUCUUAUGGAGAGCCCUACCAGCACAAUACUCCGUUACACUAUGCUGCUAGACAUGGAAUGAAUAGAAUACUAGGGACUUUUCUUUUUGGUAGAGAUGGAAAUCCAAAUAAACGGAAUGUGCACAAUGAAACAUCUAUGCAUUUGUUGUGUAUGGGACCUCAAAUUAUGAUAUCUGAAGGAGCCCUUCAUCCUCGCUUAGCACGCCCGGCAGAAGAUGAUUUCAGAAGAGCAGAUUGUCUGCAGAUGAUCUUAAGAUGGAAAGGAGCAAAACUUGACCAAGGCGAAUAUGAGAGAGCAGCUAUUGAUGCUGUUGAUAACAAAAAAAACACACCCCUACACUAUGCUGCUGCCUCAGGGAUGAAAACCUGUGUAGAGCUUUUAGUAAAACACGGAGGAGACUUGUUUGCUGAGAAUGAGAAUAAAGAUACUCCUUGUGAUUGUGCUGAAAAGCAGCACCACAAAGAUUUGGCCCUCAAUCUGGAAUCACAAAUGGUAUUCUCACGAGAUCCUGAAGCUGAAGAAAUAGAAGCUGAAUAUGCUGCGUUAGACAAACGAGAGCCAUAUGAAGGAUUAAGGCCUCAAGAUCUUCGUAGAUUGAAAGAUAUGCUUAUUGUGGAAACUGCAGACAUGCUUCAGGCUCCACUGUUUACUGCUGAAGCUUUACUUCGAGCUCAUGACUGGGACAGGGAGAAAUUACUUGAGGCUUGGAUGUCCAAUCCAGAGAACUGCUGCCAACGAUCAGGUGUUCAAAUGCCAACUCCACCACCGAGUGGGUAUAAUGCCUGGGAUACGCUCCCUUCUCCAAGAACUCCAAGGACUACACGUUCUUCUGUCACCUCUCCAGAUGAAAUAAGUUUAUCUCCUGGGGAUUUGGACACCAGUUUGUGUGACAUUUGUAUGUGCAGUAUUUCUGUAUUUGAAGACCCAGUGGAUAUGCCCUGUGGACAUGACUUUUGUAGAGGAUGUUGGGAGUCAUUUUUGAAUCUGAAAAUUCAAGAAGGUGAAGCUCACAACAUUUUCUGCCCUGCAUAUGAUUGCUUCCAACUUGUGCCUGUGGAUAUCAUAGAAAGUGUAGUUUCUAAGGAGAUGGACAAACGAUACCUACAGUUUGAUAUUAAGGCCUUUGUUGAAAAUAAUCCUGCCAUUAAAUGGUGUCCUACUCCAGGCUGUGAAAGAGCAGUCAGACUUACAAAACAAGGGUCAAAUACAUCUGGGUCUGAUACACUCAGCUUUCCCUUGCUCAGAGCUCCUGCUGUGGACUGUGGAAAAGGACACCUCUUCUGCUGGGAGUGCCUUGGUGAAGCACAUGAGCCUUGUGACUGCCAAACAUGGAAGAAUUGGCUACAAAAAAUAACUGAAAUGAAACCAGAAGAACUUGUAGGAGUUAGUGAAGCUUAUGAGGAUGCUGCCAAUUGUCUCUGGUUGUUAACGAACUCCAAGCCUUGUGCUAACUGUAAGUCUCCGAUACAGAAGAAUGAGGGAUGCAAUCACAUGCAGUGUGCCAAGUGCAAGUAUGACUUUUGCUGGAUUUGCCUAGAAGAAUGGAAAAAACAUAGUUCUUCCACAGGAGGUUAUUACAGAUGUACUCGCUAUGAAGUCAUUCAACAUGUGGAGGAGCAAUCCAAGGAAAUGACUGUGGAGGCUGAGAAAAAACACAAACGAUUUCAGGAACUUGACAGAUUUAUGCACUAUUAUACAAGAUUUAAAAACCAUGAGCAUAGCUAUCAGUUAGAACAACGCCUUCUUAAAACAGCCAAAGAAAAGAUGGAGCAAUUGAGUAGAGCUCUCAAAGAAACUGAAGGAGGCUGUCCAGAUACCACUUUCAUUGAAGAUGCAGUUCAUGUGCUCUUAAAAACUCGACGCAUUCUCAAGUGUUCUUAUCCAUAUGGAUUUUUCUUAGAACCUAAAAGCACAAAGAAAGAAAUUUUUGAACUCAUGCAAACAGACCUAGAAAUGGUCACUGAAGACCUUGCCCAAAAAGUCAAUAGGCCUUACCUUCGUACACCCCGCCACAAGAUCAUCAAGGCAGCAUGCCUUGUACAGCAGAAGAGACAAGAAUUCCUGGCAUCUGUGGCUCGGGGAGUUGCUCCUGCAGACUCACCAGAAGCUCCAAGGCGCAGCUUUGCUGGUGGAACAUGGGAUUGGGAAUAUUUAGGAUUUGCAUCACCUGAGGAAUAUGCUGAAUUUCAGUAUCGGAGGAGGCACAGACAACAACGCCGUCGAGGAGAUGUGCACAGUCUGCUCAGUAACCCUCCAGACCCUGAUGAGCCGAGUGAAAGCACUUUAGGUAAGCUCUUAAGUUGGCUCGGUUUUAGUCUUUUUAGUUCUCUUGAAUUUAUUCUUAAAACUGGCAAAUUUAAAUGUUUGUGAAAUAGUUUGUAGUGUAGAUAUAUAAUCAAUAUGCAGAUGCUUUGAAUGUCACAGGAUACAUAAAACCAGAGAGGUUAAGAACAUGGGCGGUGGAGUGGCAUCUGGGUGGCUCAGUUGGUUAAGCAUCCGACUUUGGCUCAGAUCAUGAUCUUACAACUCGUGGGUUUGUGCACCGCAUUGGGCUCUGUGCUGACAGCUCAGAGCCUGGAGCCUGUUUCAGAUUCUGUGUCUCCCUGUCUCUUUGCCCCUCUCCCACUUGCACUUGCUCGCUCACUGUCUCUUUCAAAAAUAAAUAAACAUUAAAAAAAAAAAAAGAACACGGGCUGUGGAGUCAGCUGGAACCUGCAUUCAUGACCCCAUCUCUAUGUAUCAGUGUAAGACUUCAGUCAGGUUGACUUAACUUCUCUAAGAUUUAGUCCCCUCAUUUUAAGAAGCAAUAAAAACAGUGCCACAUUGUGGGCUCAUUGUGAGCAUUAAAUGAGAUAAUGUGUAUAAAACCCUUAAUU